UUAGCAGACAUAGACGAGACCUCGUCUAAGCGAUUGGUGAUGAUAACCUGCAUUGUGGCAAAUCCUCCACCAACAAUAGUAUUUAGUUUUAAAUUUUCCGUUUAUUAUAUUUCAUUAAAUCAAUUUUUUAGAUCUAUCGGCAAAAAGUCUUAAUUGAUAACCGCACUGAAGAAAGUGAAUCUAACAAACCAAUACCACCACAUAAAGUUUAAAGGUUGACGAAAAUCAAGCUACCACUGGCCUACGUUGUUUUAAAAAGUAUCCCCAAUCUCCACUGCUUUGCAUAAACUGGUGGAGAAUUUGUCUGGAUCAGCCCCAGUCAUACAACACCAACAUUGAUCGUGUAUUUAAAAUAGUUUCGUCUUUAAAAUCGGGGCAUAGAUGGGUUAUGCCGGGCACAUUAGUUCAAGAAUCUUCAAAAAAUUUUUUUAGUAUUGUGAAGUACUUGGACUUAUUAGAAGUUAAUUUUGAUUAUAUCAAUUUUAUUAAUGCCAUAAAAGAAAAAACCGAGGAUUCACUUAUUUGGUUUUCAAAUUUUGUAUGGUCUAAUUCAAUAAAAAAUAUUAAUGAUGAGCUAAAUUUACCAAAACCAAUUUUUGAAAUUCAUUGGCUGUCUUUCUCACCGAUUGAAAAAUACUUUUAUCAAAAGACAAGAAAGUUAUAUACCAUCAAGAUUUCUGAUAUUAUAAAUAAGAAUAAUUCAGCCUUGAUGAAAAAAUUAAUGGAUGUUGAUCGUAAUACAAAACUGGAUGUUGUUGGAGAUAUCUUAACACUUUUAGAAGCAUGCGUAGUUCCACUUAUUCAUGGAAAAUGUAUGUUGAAGAUAAAUGGAACGUUUAGUUUAUUGGAUUCAUUAGACAAUAGAAUAAUCAAGUGCCGUGCCGAAUGUAACGAAUUGUUGAAUCAGUGCGCUAAAAACCUAAAAAAGUUAGCCGAGGUGUACAUGUUUGUUCCAGAUGGUGACGGAAAAGACUUUGAAAAAUAUAUUAUAUUAUUAAUGGAUAUAAUUAGUGACACCUAUAAAAAACAAUCUCUUACAAUUGGAACAGAUUACGAGAUCAUAGAACUGGUUUAUAAAUUUAUGUCUCUUCUCAAAGAAAAUACUUCUCUUGGAACAAAACAUCCUGUAUAUAAUAUAUCUUACUUUGAAAAAACAAUUCAGAAUUUGGAGUCAAGUAUUUUAAAUGUUCACUCGAAUAAUAUUUUACAAGAUCAACAUAUGUUACAACAAAAGUUAGCUCAAACAAAUAGUAUUACUGAAGAAAUUAAUUCACUAAGACAUAAUGACUGGUGGAUUGAUAUGUUGCAAUGUAUUUCUUCACCAUCAGAUUUUUUGACCGAAGUAAAAACAAUUAUAGAAUGUAAUCGCAAGGCUUGUAUACCGAACAUUGUGAACCAGUUUAGAUUGAAAUCAAUAAGUGAUAUUAAUGUUACUUUAACUGAUUGGCUAACAAAUAUUAUAAUAACUAGAAACAAGGUAUUGUCAAUGUAUAAAACAUUGGAUAUAAACUCCAACGGGAAUAACAUUAAAUUUGGUUGUACUACAGCAAUCUGUACUAUAAGAAAUCAAUGCUUAUUUUGUCAAUUUGGAUGUGAAUUAUGUUAUUAUAAAAAAAUAUUAAUUAAUAAUAAUAUUGAAAACCUUGAUGAGGAUAUCAUGAAAAAUCUUACAGAAAGUAAUCGAGAACAAACUAUAUCCCAACAUGAAAUUUUAUUAAGGAGCUUAAUUUUGUGUGAAACGAACAAUAGUGUGACUGAUGACUAUAUACAAAUAGCAACUAAACGUAUGGAAAUUCUUAAUGUACUUAGUUCAGAAUUUCUUAAUUUAUGGAAGUUAUGGCUUAGCCUUGAUGCAUAUAAGAUGGCUCGCCAACAACUUAUCAAAGCUAAGUCAACAAUCACGAUUGAUGAAGUUUUAGCUAACAUUAAAAAUCCCAGACGUUCAACCAAAAUAAAAAAGAUGAGUGAUAAUAUUGAGAUUACCAAUUUUUUGCGUCAAUAUUUGUCAACAUUGAGACCAACAAUUUUAGAUUACUCAAAUAAAUUUAAGACCAAAUAUGAAUCUUUAGUUUACUUGAAGGCCUUACCACAUAUUAUUAAAACGUCUCCAAUUUUUUGUUCAUGUCAUGGUUGUGAUGCUGACAUUAAUGAACAUGUAAUAUUGUAUUGUGGUCAUACUAUAUGCAGUAAAUGUUUAAUACAAGCAUAUGGUAAUUCGAAUUCCAUAUAUUUGAAUUGCCCAAAGUGUAGAAGUUCAAAUUUGAUGGAAAAUAUGGAAUGUGUUAAAUUGUAUCGAGAAUUCGGUGAUAAUUUGAUUGGAUCCUAUUCCAUUAAAUUGGAAAGUAUAGUUUCCAAACUGAAAAAAGUUAUAGCUUUAGAUAAAUGUAGUAAAGUUAUAAUAUUCUCGUCUUUUGAAAAAUCGUUGGAUUGUCUUUCCUCAGCUUUAAGACUGAAUUCUAUACAUUUUAUGAGACUGAAUAUUGGGUGCUUCAAUAGUACUACUGUCCUAAACAACUUUCAGAAUUCAGAAAAUAUAACGACAAUAUUAAUCAAUUACAAUAUUGGAUUGAAUAAUUUGAAAUUAAAUUUUGCAACAAGAGUAUUUUUUAUGGAACCAAUAAUGGACAAAUCAUUUGAAAAUCAAAUUGUCGAUAAUAUACGUAGUAAACAAACGAAACCAACAUAUGUACAUCAUUUCAUCAUUAAAGAUUCUAUCGAAGAAAAAAUCUCAAAUACAUUCACCAAUGAUGACCCAUCAUUAGGUAUUGAUGUCACUCUGGGUCAACUAUCAGAAUUACUUAUAAGUGAAACAGAUUUACAAACCGAUUAAUAUUAACAGAUAAGAACAAAUAAAAAUACUUUUGUUUAGUAAUUUCAAACAUCAAUAAAUUGAUUGAUUUUAUUGCAUUUCAUUGUUAUUGGUUAACAUAACCUUUUGGUUUAAACUUUUCA